GGGGGGUUAUAAAACCCCCCCCCCCCCCCCCAAGACUAUGACUUCCAGUAAAAUUGAGAUGCCAGGGGAGGUGAAGGCAGAUCCUGCAGCUCUGAUGGCAUCUCUGCAUCUGCUGCCUUCUCCCACUCUCAACCUUGAAAUCAAAUACACCAAGAUUUUUAUCAAUAAUGAGUGGCAGAAUUCUGAAAGUGGGAGAAUAUUCCCAGUAUAUAAUCCAGCAACAGGAGAGCAGAUAUGCGAGAUCCAGGAAGCUGACAAGGUUGAUACGGACAAAGCAGUGAGAGCUGCUCGCCUUGCUUUUUCUCUAGGUUCAGUAUGGAGGAGAAUGGAUGCGUCAGAAAGAGGCCAUCUUUUGGAUAAGCUAGCAGACUUGGUCGAAAGAGACAGGGCAACUCUUGCUACUAUGGAAUCACUCAACAGUGGCAAACCUUUCUUGCAAGCUUUCUAUGUAGAUCUUCAAGGAGUCAUAAAAACCCUGAGGUAUUAUGCUGGUUGGGCAGACAAAAUCCAUGGAAUGACCAUUCCUGUAGAUGGAGAUUAUUUUACGUUUACAAGACAUGAACCCAUCGGAGUGUGUGGACAGAUCAUCCCUUGGAACUUCCCCCUGCUGAUGUUUGCAUGGAAGAUUGCUCCAGCUCUGUGCUGUGGCAAUACAGUAGUUAUUAAACCUGCAGAACAAACACCACUCAGCGCUCUCUAUAUGGGAGCCCUCAUCAAGGAGGCUGGCUUUCCACCAGGAGUUGUCAAUAUUUUGCCAGGAUUUGGUCCAAUUGUUGGUGCAGCCAUAGCAUCUCAUGUUGGCAUUGAUAAAAUUGCAUUUACUGGAUCUACUGAGGUUGGGAAGCUGAUCCAAGAAGCAGCUGGAAGGAGUAAUUUGAAGAGAGUUACACUGGAGCUGGGUGGGAAAAGCCCAAACAUUAUUUUUGCAGAUGCGGAUUUGGACUAUGCUGUGGAACAAGCUCACCAAGGAGUCUUCUUCAAUCAAGGUCAAUGCUGCACUGCAGGCUCACGGAUUUAUGUGGAAGAAUCAAUCUAUGAAGAAUUUGUAAGAAGAAGUGUAGAACGUGCAAAGAGGAGAGUAGUGGGGAGUCCUUUUGAUCCAACUACAGAACAAGGUCCACAGAUUGAUAAAAAACAAUACAACAAGAUCUUGGAACUGAUUCAAAGUGGCAUCACUGAAGGAGCAAAACUUGAAUGUGGUGGUAAAGGGCUAGGAAGAAAGGGCUUCUUCAUUGAACCUACAGUGUUUUCCAAUGUAACAGAUGACAUGAGGAUUGCCAAGGAGGAGAUUUUUGGACCUGUUCAAGAAAUAUUGAGGUUUAAAACCAUGGAUGAAGUUAUAGAGAGAGCCAACAAUUCUGACUUUGGGCUGGUAGCUGCUGUCUUUACAAAUGACAUAAACAAAGCCCUGACAGUCUCUUCAGCAAUGCAGGCUGGGACAGUCUGGAUAAACUGCUACAAUGCCUUAAAUGCCCAAAGUCCUUUUGGAGGAUUCAAAAUGUCUGGCAAUGGGAGAGAGAUGGGUGAAAGUGGAUUGAGAGAAUAUUCUGAAGUUAAAACUGUGACAAUAAAGAUCCCUCAGAAGAAUUCCUAAAAUGAUGGAAGACCAUGUUGUGCAGAAGAGCACAUGAUGCCACCCUCUCUAUUCUUUAUGGAGACCAGCACUCAGGAAUAAAAAGUGUUACACAAAAUGUAUUUAAGAAAUUAAGUUGCAGCAUAUAUACUGGGCACAUAAUUGCAUAAGGAAUGCAAAACAACUCUGCAUGCUUUCAUGAAACUCUCUUGAGAGUUACAUCUUUAUAAAACUUACCAUAAGAUAAAGUUGCUAUUGGACAUCAUUUAAUAACAGUUCUAGUUAUAAAACUGUUAAAUGCAAAUGCAUGCAUACACGCAUUUAUCUCUUCUUUAAAUAAACAAAAUAAGUCUUACUGCUUUCAAGUUGCCUUCUCAAACA